CACGUGUCCACACUUUUUCACAAAGUUAUCUAAAAACAAAAAACAAUUAAUUAGCAUUCGACGUGUACAUAUCACUCGCCACGUGUACAAGAGCCUUGGCCUUUUUGCUUCUUCUUCUUGUCUAUUAAUAUCAUCUCCUGAUUAUACUCUCUUUUGACCAAGCUGCUUCUUCUCCAUCUAUCCAACAUCUCAAAUCUCAGUAAUCUUGUUCCUUCGAUUCUGUUUUGGACGUUUGUAAUGGAUUCUCAGGACAUCAGAUACCGCGGCGGAGACGACAGAGACGCUGCAACGACGGCUAUGGCCGAGACAGAGAGGAAAAGCGCUGACGACAACAAAGGAAAACGCGAUCAAAAGAGGGCGAUGGCGAAACGUGGUCUCAAGUCUCUGACGGUAGCGGUUGCGGCUCCUGUGCUCGUGACGCUCUUCGCUACGUAUUUCCUCGGCACAAGCGACGGAUACGGGAAUCGAGCUAAGUCCUCGUCGUGGAUCCCACCUCUGUGGCUCCUACACACAACGUGUCUCGCUUCUAGUGGUCUGAUGGGUUUGGCUGCGUGGCUUGUAUGGGUUGACGGUGGCUUCCACAAGAAGCCCAAUGCUCUGUAUCUUUACUUAGCUCAGUUUUUGCUCUGUUUGGUUUGGGAUCCGGUUACGUUCCGCGUCGGGUCGGGAGUAGCGGGGCUUGCGGUGUGGUUGGGUCAAUCGGCUGCGUUAUUCGGAUGCUACAAGGCCUUUAAUGAGAUAAGUCCGGUCGCUGGUAAUCUGGUAAAGCCGUGUUUGGCUUGGGCUGCCUUUGUAGCCGCUGUUAAUGUAAAGCUUGCAGUCGCGUGAGAUCUGUAAACGCUAUACGAUGAUGUUUGUAGAGUCUGAGUCAUAUGAGUGUUUCUUGUUGUUUUUGUUUUUUGUGAUAUAUACCAUAAAAGAUGUCUUUGCGAUCCAAUGGUCUGGUCAUUGUGGAGUAAUAGACAUGAACAUGAUAUACUUGAGAAAUAAUGUGAUAUUGUAGAAGUUUUAAGCGUUGGUCUGAAAUCAAACUGUGAGAUUCUU